AACACGGUCACUGAGCUAUAAAAACUGCACCAAAACUUAGAACUUUACUACUACCCGGUGACACAGGUAAGCAAGUAGCAGGUUGUAAAGAAAAGAUGAAUGCCAUCCAGGUGAUUUCCUUGACCCUGCUGUCCGUUCUGGCGGCCAAUGCUCAGUUCAUCAUGAAGGGAAGAUGCCCCAAGCCUGCUGUUCAGGAGGACUUUGAUGUUUCCAGGUAUCUUGGUAAGUGGUAUGAAAUCCAGAAAAUGCCAAAUACCUUCCAGAAGGGCAAGUGCGCAACGGCCACCUACAGCUUGAGCCCUGGAGUUGGAUUUGGUUUCUUAAACAGAGAGCUGCUUGGUGAUGGGACCAUUAAAUCCGUCAUUGGCGUUGCCAUUGCAGAAGACCCCUCUGAGCCUGCCAAGCUGCAGAGCUUCUUUGAGAGCGCUGACGUUGUUCCUUACUGGGUGCUGUCCACCGACUACGACAACUACGCUCUGGUCUACAGCUGCAUCAGCCUUGGGGCGGUUCAUGCAGCGUUUGCCGGUAUCCUGAGCAGGCAGCCCACCCUGCCUGAAGAGACAAUCAAGGAGCUGCAGGGCACCCUGUCCUCUUUUGGAGUUGAAGUGGAUAAGCUGCUCACCGCCAAUCAGGAUGCAGCUUACUGCAGCGCCAUGAACCAGUAAACAGACUAAUAUAGUCUCUACAGAUUGUGGUGCAUUGUGAUGCUUCAAUGUUGUUUUAUGCUAAGUCAAUGCUAUAAACAUAUUUCAUCAGCAUCUGUGGGCCUCUGUGCUGAUCUGAA